AUGGCAUUGCCUCUCCCCACCAUCGAGUCCGUCAAGGACUGCGCUUCUUUCUCGCACACCGUGCUCCCUUUUCUUUCGCAGUUGACUGUCUUGCCUGAAAGGCUCCAGCUGGCAGCGACGGCCAAGGAUGUGGUAAUCCUGAAGGAUAUCUACCUGUCGACCAACCCUUUUGUCUCGGCACUUGGCUUCUCUCUGCUGCUCUCAGCCUUCUUCCUGGUCUUCUCGGAGAUCAACCGGAACUAUUCGCAAGUUGAUCGAUUCUGGUCUCUCCUGCCUGCCCUGUACAAUGUCCACUUCGCCGUCUGGGCGCGCAUGUCCGAUCUCCGUACCCAUAGCCUGGAUACCAUCGCCGUUCUCUCGGUGAUCUGGAGCAUUCGCUUAACUUACAACUACUGGCGCAAGGGAGGGUACAAGAUCGGCUCCGAGGAUUACCGAUGGGAGGUUAUCCGCUCCAGAGUGACCAACCGCGCCGUCUUCUUCCUCUUCAACCUCACUUUUAUCAGUGUGAUCCAGUCGCUCCUCCUGCUUCUCCUCGCCGCCCCGACCUACAACUUCGUUCUGCUUGCGCAACGCCCCGACUUGAAGUCCUUCGAGCUCCCCGACCUGGCCUUCUCGCGCGUCGCCUUCUUCUUCCUCAUCAUUGAAUUCUUCGCCGACCAGCAGCAGUGGCAUUUUCACUGCGCCAAGCACGAGUACCAGAACACCGCUCGCAUCUCUGGCCAGUACAAGGAUCAGUUCACCCCCGAGGACUUGGAGCGUGGGUUCGCCGUCACCGGACUGUGGUCGCUGUCUCGCCACCCCAAUUUCGCCGCCGAGCAGGCCAUCUGGCUCACUCUUUACCUGUGGAACUGCUACCGCACCGAGUCCUUCGUUCAGUGGACCGGCCUCGGCAUCUUUGGCCUGUUCCUCAUCUUCCAGGGCAGCGUCAGACUCACGGAGUCCAUCAGCGCCAGCAAGUACCCCGAAUACAGCGACUACCAGGCUCGCGUCGGACGCUUCAUUCCCCGCCUGUCCGUGAAGCCCAAGUACAACGCGCCCAGCAAGAGGACGGUCGCCAAGAAGGAGAAGGAGCAGACCGAGGAGGCUUCUGACAAGCAAGAGAACAAGAAGGCCCAGUAG